CUAAUGGACUGCAGACACAGUACAGGAGAUGACCAGAGACUGCGGACAGCACAGGGGUGACCAGAGACUGCGGACAGCACAGGGAUGACUGCUGACCUUUGGGGAGGGGGGGGAGCGGGUACCUGAAUUUGACAGGUACCCGCUCUUACUUCCGCAGAGUUUUUGUUUGAUCUUACCUGUUCCUCGAUCCAGCCGCGCGCUGUCUUCCCGGCUUCUGUAAUGGCGCUCGGCAUGACAGCCGGGUGCCCAGUGCGCAUGAGUGAGAAGCACUUGCGCUUUGCGAUUGGUCCAGCGGCUUCUGGGAUCUGUCAAGUGUCCCAGGUACCGCCUUACCAUUCACAAAAAGCACCGCUUCUUGCGCAUGCGCACUUGGCACCCGGCUGUCAU